AUGCGUCGUGUGGCGAGAAGCGGCCAUGCUUCAUGGGGAAGAGGAGAUGCGAGAAGCAGAAGUUGCUUGCGCAAAUUGCAUUUUGCGAAGAGGAAUAUAUCGGACGAACUCGCCGCGCCAUGUGUUGCUCUUCCUCUCUUCCAGAAUAGGGCUCCUGGGCCACUUGCAGGUUUGAAUCAUGAAAAUGCUGGAGCAAGUGACUCAAAAAACUUACGGGCAAAUGUAACUGUAGGAGCUUCAUUCUUGUCAGAGACUAUAGCCUUGCAAGAUUCUACCACAGUUAAGUUUGAACUAUGGGAUACUGCUGGCCAGGAGAGGUACGCUGCAUUAGCACCACUUUAUUACCGAGGAGCUGCUGUUGCAGUUAUUGUUUAUGAUAUAACAAGUUCAGAGUCAUUUAACAAAGCUCACUACUGGAUUAAGGAACUACAAAAUCAUGGAAGCCCUGAUAUUGUAAUGGCUUUAGUGGGAAACAAAGCUGAUCUUCAUGAGGGUCGAAAAGUACCGGUUCAAGAUGCUAGGGAUUAUGCAGAGAAGAAUGGAAUGUUCUUUAUUGAGACAUCUGCGAAGAUGGCUAAUAAUAUCAAUCAGCUAAUUGAGGUUUUUUUUAUUUAUUUCUCAUUCAUUAUAAUACUGAGAAAGUUGACGUUUGCAUGAAGUGUGCAAACAUAAAUUUUGUUAAGAUGUAUCACCUCUGCCUAAAUAUGGUGAUUAGACCAAGCAUUGUUCUUUGGAAUCAAUGUGGUAGAUGGUCUAGAAGAGUGAGAUCAUCUUCAUCUUGAUGCUUAUACAAUUGAGGAGAAUCAAGCGUUUUCCUUAGUUUGGAAACUGAAUGUUCUUUAAAUACUUAUUUGGCAGGAAAUUGCUAGACGGCUAACCCAGGCAUCGUCUUCAUGAUAUUAUAUGGAGUGAUGAAAUAUGUAAUUACUGAACAUCCAUUGAGAUUCAGUUUGAUUUGUUCACGAUGUUAGAUGAUGAAUCAGGCUUGCAAAGGGAGUGGGAUGUGCUUAGAAUAUAAUUGAAAUCAUCAAAAUGAUUUUAUUUAGGGUGAAGGUUUUUUGGUCUAAUGAUCCACAUAAUCAAGUAUUGAUCGGGUGUCUACUUAUGUCAUGUGACAAAUCGAAUUUGGAUGAAUUUUGUGAAUGGGUAGACCUCAAGGUUUCUUGCUCAUAUAUCAAGUUUCAACUCAAAUGUAACUCA